AUGGCUUCCUUGCCUCCUCUGGACCCAAUAAAUUCAAGUGGGGAUCGCGGCAAGAAAGUCGCCUACUUCUACGACUCGGAUGUGGGCAAUUAUGCCUAUGUUUCGGGACACCCCAUGAAGCCUCAUCGCAUAAGGUUGACACACAGCUUGGUGAUGAAUUAUAGCCUCUACAAGAAAAUGGAGAUCUACCGUGCGAAACCGGCCUCGAAGUACGAAAUGACCCAAUUCCAUACGGACGAGUAUAUCGACUUCCUUUCGAAGGUGACACCAGAUAAUAUGGACUCCUUCGCGAAAGAGCAGAGCAAGUACAAUGUCGGUGAUGACUGUCCCGUCUUCGACGGUCUCUUCGAAUUCUGCGGUAUUAGCGCCGGAGGUAGUAUGGAAGGCGCUGCGCGGCUCAAUCGCAACAAAUGUGACAUCGCUGUCAACUGGGCUGGUGGUCUUCAUCACGCGAAAAAGAGCGAGGCAAGUGGGUUCUGCUACGUGAACGAUAUUGUCCUAGGAAUUCUUGAGCUAUUGCGCUUCAAACAGCGUGUUCUGUAUGUCGACAUUGACGUCCAUCACGGCGAUGGUGUGGAAGAAGCCUUUUACACUACGGACCGCGUCAUGACCGUUUCAUUUCACAAGUAUGGGGAGUACUUCCCUGGAACUGGAGAACUCCGAGACAUCGGAGUAGGACAGGGCAAACAUUACGCUGUAAACUUCCCGCUCCGCGACGGUAUUGAUGACGUGUCGUAUAAGAGUAUUUUCGAGCCGGUCAUUAAGAGCGUCAUGGAAUGGUACCGCCCCGAAGCGGUGGUUCUUCAGUGUGGUGGCGACAGUCUUUCCGGCGAUCGUUUGGGAUGCUUUAAUCUCAGCAUGAGAGGUCAUGCGAACUGCGUCAACUUCAUUAAAAGCUUUAACUUGCCGACCUUGAUUCUUGGAGGUGGUGGUUACACGAUGCGUAAUGUUGCACGAACUUGGGCAUUUGAGACCGGCAUCCUUGUGGGAGACACUCUGGGUGCCGAACUUCCCUAUAACGAUUACUACGAGGUGAGUGUUUGUCCUUUAUGUGGAACACCUCGUGUCGCUAAAGCUAACGUGCGUCAGUAUUUUGCUCCGGAUUACGAAUUGGACGUACGCCCAUCGAAUAUGGACAAUGCCAAUACAAAGGAAUAUCUUGAUAAGAUUCGCGCCCAAGUUGUGGAAAACCUCAAACGAACUGCUUUCGCCCCCUCAGUACAGAUGACUGAUGUACCCCGUGACCCUCUCGUAGAGGGCAUGGACGACGAAGCGGAUGCGAUCCUAGACGAUUUAGACGAUGAUGCAAAUAAGGAUACGCGCCACACGAAACGGCGCUUUGACCAGUACGUUGAAAAGCCCGGCGAGCUUAGCGAUAGCGAGGACGAGGAAGAGAAUGCGGCCAACGGUGUCCGCAGACAACCAAACGUUAUGAAGAGGAGAAACCAGGUUAAUUACAGGAACCUUGAUGCUGCCGAUUCUGGACUUGACAGUGGCAUGGCAACUCCUCAGGAUGCAUCUUCCAUCCCCGACGACGAGAUGGACACUACUGCCGACGCCAAGAUGGAUGAAGCACCAGAGCCAGAGACUGAGGGCCCCGGCUCUCCGUCCGCUGCUGCUGAGCCACCAUCGAGGGCUGAAGAAGCAUUCUCUACCGAAAAGGCUGAGUUGGCCGUUAAUGGGCACGAGCAGACGGCCGCCUCCGCUCCAGUCUCCCGUCAACCGACGCCCCAGGCUCAAGAUGAAGACGUCGCCAUGGAAGAUGUAAGUGAGUCUGCGCCAGAGCCCGAAAAGACGGAACAAACUCCCGCAGAGGUACCAAGCGAAGGUCAAGAGGAGAAGAAACCCGUUGAUGAGACUCCUGCUUCCAAAAAGCCUUUCACCGAGCCGUCAUCGCCAAGCAAGGAUCAAUCACCACCUAAGGAAAGCAAAGAGCAACAGAAACCGGCGGAGUCUAUGGACGUGGCUGAAACCCCAGAAACAAAGAAAAAGACCCCUGGGGCUCCUAAGGAAGAGGCGGCUGCCGGGAAGACUGAAUCGGAACCCUCCAAGGAGUCCACCAAGGAGUCUACCACAGAACCGCAACCCGAGGAGCCUACAAAGAGCGAGGAAUAG